CGGGCUCCGACGCUGUCACGGGCAAUCUGUCGCACCGUCCGAUACCUUCAGCUCUAUGUCGUUCGUCUGUACGAGUAGACAUCGCUUCUCGUCACUGAGCUUUCUUAGCGUCUUCAGCGAAUGUGCAGCGGAGACCAGCGGAAGAAGAGUUUUCACCAAUGGACGCUGCAUUUUCACUGCAAGAGCACCGACUAGGAAGGCGAGUACUCAAGGCCGUGUAGCGACACCAUCGCCGAGUCCACGUCAGAAGUACGACAUCAGAUACUCCCGCUCCAAUUCGAGGCCUUUGAUCCACCAGUCGGCCAUGAUGAAGCACCGUGCUUUCGUUGCCUUGGGGAGCAACCUAGGCGAUCGCGUGGCCAUGAUCGAGCAAGCAUGCAACGAGAUGGACCAAACCGGGAAGAUCAAGGUUCUUCGAACAAGUAGUCUAUGGGAAACCAAGGCCAUGUAUGUUUUGGACCAAGACAAGUUCGUCAAUGGCGUGUGUGAGGUUGAAACAUCCUUAUCUCCAAUUGAGCUACUAGAUGAGCUGCAAGGGAUAGAAAACAAGAUGGGACGGGUAAAGGUCAUCGACAAAGGCCCGCGCAACAUCGAUCUGGACAUUGUUCUCUACGACAAUGAUACAUUUUUCAACGACAGGCUACAGAUACCUCAUAAACUCAUGCUCGAACGCGAGUUUGUUCUGAGGCCACUGUGCGAACUGGUGCCCAACUGCAGCCUUCCCCCACACGUCGACCUGCCCGCAGGUUCUUUCCAGUACCAACUGUCCCACCUGCCCAAGUCGCAUGAUCCUCUCUCUCCCCUUACGCCUUUAGCUCCAAACCUUGAGAAAAUUGCUUCACAGGACGCUCAACGGAAAACGCACGUCAUGUCGAUCCUCAAUGUCACACCAGACUCUUUCUCGGAUGGCGGCAAGCACUUCAACCUCUCUUCUUCGCAACUAGCCGACACUAUCCGCUCUCACAUAGCAAGCGGAGCCACAAUCCUUGAUCUAGGCGGCCAAUCUACCCGCCCCGGCGCACCGCAAGUCUCAUCCACCGAAGAGCUGGAACGCGUCUUACCAGCCAUCGAAGCCAUCAAGAGCAUCCCUGAGGCAGACAGAGUAGCCAUAAGCGUAGACACCUACCGUGCCGACGUCGCUGAAGCCGCCAUCAAGGCAGGCGCGCACAUCGUGAACGACGUUUCCGCUGGCUUGCUAGACGAAAACAUGCUGCCCACUGUCGCGAGACUGGGUGCCACGGUCUGCCUGAUGCACAUGCGGGGCACGCCCGAGACAAUGAACAGUCUGACCUCCUACCCCGACGGCGUCAUCGCGGGUGUAGCAGCCGAGCUCCUCGAGCGUCUAAGAGCAGCGGAGGAGGCGGGCAUACGGCGGUGGCGUAUCAUUCUCGAUCCGGGGAUUGGCUUUGCAAAGAACCAGGAGCAGAAUUUGGAGCUGCUUAGGGGGUUGGAAAAGCUCAGGAGAUGGCCCGGGCUACAAGGGUUUCCAUGGCUCAUUGGGGCUAGUAGGAAGGCGUUUGUGGGGAGGAUCACAGGCGUUACGGAAGCGAGGGAGAGAGUCUGGGGGACUGCUGCUGCGGUUACGGCUGCGGUGCAGGGUGGCGCGGACGUCGUGCGGGUGCAUGAUGUGAAGGAGAUGGCGCAAGUCGCUAGGAUGGCAGAUGCGAUAUGGCGGCAUUGAAGUCCCACAAGAAGAGGAAAGGGUUCAAAAGUUCAACAUCAAGAUGCAAUGCAAUACUAGUAUGGCCGAGACCAGGAGCAUGCUCUCUACGAGUUUUUCAGUUUUCCGUUCGCCACGACGCCCCUCCUCUUCCCUUCCUGCACAUGCGCCCAGACAUACACAAACGGAUACACCGUCUCUGGAAACAGCGUAAACAGAAUCACG